UCCAACUCAAGGAAAGCAUGCACCUUAAUCAUUAUACUGUACCACCUUGCAUUACAUUACCUAGAUGCCUUAGGUAAAAGUGAGGUGGGUAGGUGAGGCAGGCAGGCAGGCAGUCAAAAAUGACGCCUCCCCACGUCGUUUGAUUCACCUUGUCCCUCGCCUGGUUUAUUAUCCAGCUCCCCGGGCUCUUUCCACCUGCCGCACUACCCUACCUUCUCUGGCUUCUUUCCACCAUUUCAAUUGCCUCGUCAUCGACGAGUAAACCUCAUUUCAUAUCUUUACCCCAAUUAGAGCCCCGGUGGCAUCGCAAGAAAAAAAAAGAAAAAAAAAGCACAACUUCAAGAUGGAUAGGCUAAGCAACAUAAACCCCUUCUCCAAGAGGGACUCUCACUCGGCCAAUGCUGUAAUCACGUACAAGAUCUUGACCAUAACAUCAUGGCUUCUGUCGCUGCUCUCGUCUGUCUACUACACCUUCAAUGACGACCACGAUGCCUUUCAUAUUCGCCGCAGAAUCUGGGACAUCAAUGACCUGUACCUGACAGGCUUCCGUCUCGACCACAUGAUCACAUCGCUAUAUUGGCUUGCUCUCUUCAUUCUCCAGGUCGGAUAUGCAUCGUUCCUCUUCUCAACAAACCUCGACCGCAAGAACCAGGCCUGCGCCGUGGGCAGCCACUUUAUCCUCAACAACCUCUUGCACUUUGCGUUUGUGAUGCUGUUUGUCUAUGGCCAUUUCGUCUGGGCUGAGGUUGUUCUGAUCGUCAAUUUCGCCAACCUCACGUUCCUGUACUUCCGCCACAACACGUACCCACGCUUCAUUCAUACCCCAGUGGUCUCGGGUCCAUUGGCCUGGACUUUUGUGGCCAUCUACUGGAACGGUGCCAUCAUGGUGCAUCACCCAGAGUCUCUGGUGGCAAGGAUAUUUGCCAACAUCUUCAUUUGGUCCAUCUUUGUGUAUGGCCUGUUUUUCCUGGUCAUGUACAAGGACUACACCAUGGGCUUUUCCCUCAGCGUCCUGGCAGCUUCUCUGGGCGUUGCUCAGUUCUUACGCCAGGUCAUCGCCCUGCAGUGGAUCUUCGCCUUUACCAUAAUGGCUGUGUUGUUCGUGCUCUCGCUUGUGGUUGCCUUCCCCGCCUGGACUGGCAGGGAGUCGUCGGCGCCUCCUCAGGAUGCUGAGCGUGCCCCUCUGUUGCACGAUGGUUAAAUGCUCGGAUCAAUUCCAUGCAUCACCUGAGAUUAUGUGUGGUGCCGCAGGAGCUGCGGGAGGUUUGGCAGAGAAUCAGACCAUGAGGGGCAAAAUGCGCGACUCUCUCGUGAUUGCGGGUGAAAUGACGAAGUUAAUUGACGUCCCCCCGACUGAUUGCACCCUUGUGUGCGUCGAGUCUCAUGUUAUGGGGCAACUAAUCUUUUUCGGUUUGGACUCGUUACAAAAGAAAAUAUUUGGUUUUUAAAGAGAUUGACUGCAUUUUCAAAACCAAUUAGUUGAUGAUUUCCUUGAUAUUUUGCGUUUUAACACAAGCCAUGUUUAUCCUUUCAAUCUCAUUAUAGUCAAUGCUCAUGUGCUUCGCAUC